AUGGCGCCUCUAAAACAGUUGAAUUUCAUCACGGGCAACAAGAACAAGUUGGCUGAAGUGAGGGCUAUCCUAGGCAGUGUAAUCCAUGUCGAUAGCCAAGCAAUUGAAGUGCCCGAAAUUCAGGGCACAGUCGAAGAAAUUGCCAAGGACAAAUGUAGACGUGCUGCAGAAGCGAUUAGAGGUCCAGUCUUGACGGAAGACACGGCUCUGGAGUUCCAUGCGCUGAAAGGUCUACCUGGCCCAUACAUCAAAUCGUUCCUUGACGCCCUUGGCCACGAAGGGUUGAACCGAAUGCUUGACUCAUUCGAUGUGAAAACAGCAGAGGCCGUCUGUACCUUUGCGUUCUCUGAAGGCCCUGGGUCGGAACCUAUCUUAUUUCAGGGUAGAACCAAGGGAGCUAUUGUCCGCCCAAGAGGCCCCGCAAACUUUGGUUGGGAUCCGAUCUUCGAAUACCAAGGCAAAACGUAUGCCGAGAUGGAUAAGGAUGAGAAGAAUCAAAUCUCCCACAGAUACAAAGCCCUAGUCAAACUGCAAGCUUGGCUAACCCGUGAAAGAUCCUGA